AUGACAAAUGUCACAGCUGACCUGGUGGGAUUGGACAACCUGGUGGCCAACACGGCCUACCUGAAGGCUCAGCAGAUAGAUCGCACCGAGCUGAGGAAACAGAGACUGACGCUGACGCUGCCCAGGCCGAAGAAGACCUCCGCUCUCCGGACGGCCGUGGGGAGGAAGUACGAGCCACUCUGCGAGCAGCAGCCGAUUGGGAGGAAGCUGUUCCAGCAGUUUCUUCUGACCUCCAACCCAACGUACAGAGCUGCCUAUGAGUUCUUGGAGGAGCUGAACGCCUGGAGCUUUGCUGAAGAUGAAACCAAAGAAAAGGCCAAACAGGGGAUCCUCACCAAGUUCUGUCAACCCGAGUCCAAGAGUUUCCUCUCCUACCUCACAGGAAGCGAUGCAGAGACAUGCAGGUGUUUAUCAAGCACAAACUUUGAUGAGGAGAAUUUGGAGCAGAUCGGAGAAGCCACCAGGGAGUUUCUGAAGGGGAAACCCUUCCUGGAGUACCUGAGCAGCCCCUUCUUUUACAGGUUUCUGCAGUGGAAGGAGUACGAGGCGCAGAAGAUAACAGACCGAUACUUUUAUGAAUUCAGGACUUUGGGGAAAGGUGGCUUUGGUGAGGUGUGUGCCGUGCAGGUGAAACACACCGGCCAGAUGUACGCUUGCAAAAAGCUGGAUAAGAGGAAACUGAAGAAGAAAGGAGGCGAGCGGCUGGCUCUGCUGGAGAAGCACAUCCUGGAGAAAGUCAACAGCCUCUUCAUCGUCAACCUGGCCUACGCUUACGACAGCAAAACUCACCUGUGCCUGGUCAUGGACCUGAUGACCGGCGGAGACCUCAAGUUCCACAUCUACCAUUUGGGAGAGCGGGGUCUCCGCAUGGAGCGCGUGGUCUACUACACGGCUCAGAUCACCACCGGCAUCCUGCACCUGCACGCCAUGGACAUCGUGUACCGCGACAUGAAGCCCGAGAACGUGCUGCUGGACGGGAAGGGGCAGUGCCGGCUGUCGGACCUGGGACUGGCCGUGGAGCUGCCGCAGGGCAAGAUGAUCUGCCAGAAGGCUGGCACCUCCGGCUACAUGGCUCCUGAGAUUCUGAAGCAGGAGCAUUACCGGACCUCGGUGGACUGGUGGGCUCUGGGCUGCAGCAUCUAUGAGAUGGUGGCCGGCCGACUGCCGUUCAAAGACUUCAGGGAGAAGGUGCAGAGCGACGAGGUGACCCGGCGCACCUUGGAGGACGAGUGCAAGUUCAUGCACAAAAACUUCGACGCUCCCACCAAAGACAUCGUCGGCCGCUUCCUGAAGAAGAGGGUUGGCAUCCGUCUGGGGUGCCGCAAUGACGACCCACGAAACCACGUGUUUUUCAAGAAUAUAAGCCUCCAUCGGCUGGAGGCGGGGCUGGUGGAGCCCCCCUGGGUGCCAAAGCCGAACGUGGUCUACACUAAAGACACGGCCGAGUUCAGGGACAGUUCUGAAGUCAAAGACAUUCAGCUCAAUGCCAAAGAUGAGAAAUUCUUCAAGGAAUUCAGCACGGGAGCGGUCUCCAUCCAGUGGCAGAAGGAGAUCAUCGACACCGGAGUGUUUGACGAGCUUAAUGUCCCCAAACUGGACGGACGCGACUGUGAGACCUCGUGGAAAUCCAGGAUGUGCAUUGUUUUGUAA